AUGAUUAACCGAACUCGUCUCAUUUUUAGCAUAGUUAGAUUCAAACAUAUCGAUUAUUCAAGAGUGCCCCAACUUGUUGAGAGUGAAUUGGAGGAGCAACAUGUAAGGGGCUCUGGCCCUGGGGGACAAGCCACCAAUAAGACAUCGAAUUGUGUCGUGCUCAAGCAUGUUCCCACAGGGCUUGUGGUCAAAUGUCACGAAACGAGGUCUUUGGAUCAAAAUCGGAAAAAGGCACGGCAGUAUUUAGUAACGAAACUUGAUAAUUUGCUAAACGGGGAUCAAAGUGUUGAGGCACAAAUGAGGGAAAUUGAGAAAAAGAACACUUUAAACAAGGAGAGAAAAAGGGAGAGGUUGAAUAAAUUGAAAGCCGAGUGGAAAAAACGAGAAAAUAUCGAGUAGUUAUUGUUUUAUAAGAACAGAAUAAACUGAAAAUGGGA